CUGUCAAAAACACCGGCAUUGCGCGGAAUAGUUGUUUUGCUUGUCUGCUUCCCUCACGCCAAGUGCGUUCAGUUGUUUGGUGAGAUUUUUUAGCUUCGCAUAAUCCGCAGCACUCGCCAUGGACAACAAAGGAUCGCCCCCAACGCACAGCAUCUCGCUGCCGGAGCAAAUCAUCACGUUCGAACUGUCGUCCUACGAAUGGUCACAAAAUCUGGUCUGCAUCGCGCUGAUGGACAAGCUGAUCCUUGGCAGUGUGCGCUUUCCGGAAGAAAGCGAAAAUGAGUGCUUCGAGUGGAAUCAGCUGAAAGAAAUCCACCACAAAAGCCGACCACAUUCCGUGGCGUUUGCGCCCGAAACGUCACUCGCCGUCGUGCCGAAGAAGGUGGUAUUAGCGAGCGCCGGGUCAGACUAUAAAAUCCGCAUCUUCCAAAGCGACCUUGACCAGAGCGACACCGUGCAGCUGCUGGAGGGCCACAGCUCGUACGUCAACCACGUGAGCUGGGAUCCGGACGGGGAAUAUUUGGCCUCGUGCAGCGACGACAACAGUUGCGUGCUGUGGAAGUGCAAGGAGGACUACAGCCAGGGGCCCAGCUUUUUCUUCGGCUCGGCCGUGCAAUCGGCCAAAUGGCACCCGGAGGAGUCGGGCCAUCUGCUGAUUGCGGAAAAGUGCGGCGCCAUACACCUGUACAAGGUGCAUAUGAAGACGUCGAUGCUGUCGGUCGAAACGGACACGAACCCACUGAGCUACGCGGACUGGAGCCUGGCGAACGCGGCGUACGUUGCAGCGAUGGCACGCGGUUGCAUCUUCUCUUGGGAUCUGAAAAAUGCCAGCUGGCCGAUCGAGAACAAACCGAUGCACGACGAGUGCGGUCAUAUUGUGAAAUUUUCGCCCCACUCGGAGAGCGUUGUGGCCAGCAUUGGGCGGCCGAACGCGACGCUGAAGGUUAUCCACACGAAGAACAAACUGCCCCAAAUCGAGGCGAAGCUGUUGCUGUACGGAGGGCUCUGUUGGCAUUACCAGCUACCGUACGUUGUGGCGGCUUCCGAUCGUAAACUUUGCUUCUGGAAGGUUUCGAUUUGAAAAUGAAUAAAAUGCAUUUUUCUAAUUGGAAAUAAU